GCAUUACCGUACAGUACAGCACAGCAGCAGCUCAGCGGACUGACUGUGGCUCACAGGGAUAUACAGCACCAGGGACAGCACACCGAAUUCCCCCUGUUUUUUGGAGCUAAAGCAUGCUGAUCAGGCUUCAGAAGAUGGACCUACGUGUAACCAGCGUUCUCCUUCUCCUGCUGGCAUUGGCCGAGGGGCACGGUGAAAGAUACAUCAGCAGGAAAGUCAGUAAGCAGGCUUAUCCCUCCAAGGGCCACACGAUGCAAGCAGCACCAGGGGCACCAGGCCCCCCAGGUGAACCAGGACACCCAGGACUCCCAGGCCCCCCAGGGCCCCCAGGGAAGGGUGGCUAUGGACUUCCAGGACCUGAAGGCCCACCAGGACCACCUGGACCAUCUGGCUAUUCCUCCCCCGGCAAGCCAGGUAGCCCAGGUGGACCAGGGAAAUCUGGUCCAAUGGGCAUGCCUGGGCACAAGGGCGAGUCGGGUGCACCUGGACCUCAGGGACCAAGGGGGAUGCCAGGCCCUGCUGGGACCCCUGGACCAGCAGGUUUCUCCGCCCCUGGCAAACCUGGACCCCAUGGCUUGCCUGGGUCAAUGGGGCCUAGAGGUGAACCUGGUCAGAAGGGACCCUCUGGUAUUAAUGGUCUGCCAGGGCAAAAGGGAGAAAGGGGAUAUGGCAGUCCUGGAGGACCAGGUGAAAGAGGUCCCAUGGGGCCAAUGGGUCCUGCUGGGCAGCCUGGCCAACCUGGAACUGGGAAGCCGGGACCUGCCGGAUACCCAGGGGAGUCUGGGAAAUCAGGUGCGCCAGGUCGUGAUGGGGCUCCUGGACCCAUGGGAAUGCCUGGGGAAAAGGGUGUACAAGGGGCUCCAGGGAUGGGAAUGCCUGGGAAACCAGGUGCUAAUGGUGCUUCUGGAAUUCCUGGCCCUGCUGGACACAAAGGUGUUCCAGGAGCACCUGGCAUGCCUGGAGCUCCUGGUCUACCAGGUAGUGGGAAACCAGGUUCACCUGGAAUUCGAGGGGACAGAGGAGUUCCAGGCACCCCAGGAACUCCGGGUCAGAAGGGAGAACUAGGGCCAACGGGUCACACUGGACACACAGGUCCUAUUGGCCCUGUGGGCCCACCUGGCCCUCAGGGUGCAAGAGGGUUCCAGGGUGAGCCAGGAAUGCAAGGAGCUAAAGGUGAAAUGGGUCCAAUGGGACCAUAUGGAGCAACGGGAAUGAAGGGUGAUCAGGGACCACAAGGGUAUUCAGGAAAAUCUGGCAACCCAGGGGCAGUAGGCCCACUGGGUCCAAGGGGAGCUCCUGGACCUCAAGGUGAUAAAGGUGAUGGAGGCCAUCCAGGUGCACCCGGUAGUCCAGGUGGCAGUGGGCCAGCAGGGGCUAAAGGUAAUCCAGGGCGCCCAGGAGAGCCAGGGCAAAGGGGAGAGAAUGGAUUUCCUGGUCCAAGAGGACCCAGUGGGCCAGCAGGCUCAGCAGGACAACCAGGUGCAAAAGGUCACACAGGCCCUCCUGGCCCUCCUGGCCCUUCAGGGGUGAUAGGUAAAGGAAUUUCUGGACCCCAUGGUCAACCAGGAGCUCCUGGACCCAGAGGGCAUGAUGGUGUUCCGGGGCCAGCUGGACCUCCCGGUCCACCCGGUCCUCCCGGUGAGAUCGUUUACGAGAAAAGCAUGCCACAAUUCAAAUCGCAUGAGCAUGAGAUAAUGAUGUCCGCUGAGCUAGUCAAAGCACCCAUUUCAGCCUUCACUGCUGUGCUGACUAGGGCUUACCCACAGUCAGGGGAACCCAUUCGCUUUGACCAGAUAGUGUACAAUGCAGAGCAACACUACGACCCCUCCAGUGGAAUUUUUACAUGCCAAGUCCCAGGAAUCUAUUACUUUGCCUAUCAUAUGCACGUGAACGGGGCCAACGCCUUGGUAGCGUUGUACAAAAACAAUGAGCCAACUGUGUUCACCUAUGAUGAGUACAACAAAGGUUUCCUGGACCAGAUGUCUGGCAGUGCUGUCCUUCAACUGAAUGAGCAUGACACAGUUUAUAUGCAGGUUCCUGAUGAUGAAGCCAAUGGUAUAUUUGCUGCUGAUAAUGUCCACUGUUCUUUCUCUGGCUUCCUGAUAGCCUCAACGUGAUAUGUGUCUCCAAACCACCUCAUAACUUCAAAAAUACCACAAACUUUCAAUUCCCAGUUUUACUACCCUGCCACCAAAGAUAGUAGGUUAUUAUUUUUUAAUAGCAAAAAAUAAUAAUCGACAAUUCUAAUUGGAAUUAUCUUAACUGAAUAAUCAAGUAACAGAAGUUGGUAAAAUCGAAAUGAUUCCAUAAAUGGAUACGACUAUGUUUAAAAGUAUUUAAAAUAUCAACAUUUGAGAAGAUGGAAACAAAAGUCAGAUAAUGGUGAUGUUCACUGCUACACAUUACUGAAUUCACGUUUUGCAUGUGUCAGAAUAUUCAGUUAAGAACUGUCCAAGAAAUGUAGAAAUAAAAGUAGCUUAAACACAUAAAACAUGGUGCUCUUUCACAGCUUGAAAUGUUUGUUAAAUGCAGUUAAAUUUUGUGUUUAAGUUUGUUUUUGAGAAAUUGUGUUAUCUCCAACAUGCAGUAUACUGAAUAAUCAGCAUGAAAAAAUGCUUGUUUUUGUACACAAUGUUGUAUCUGACUUCCUUGCAAAUUAACAUAAUAUGAACUUGGAAUAAGUGACUGAAGAAAUUCAAAAUGCAGGAAUCAAAUUGGCCAUUUAAAUCAGUAUGUUGGCAACAUUGCUAUAUCCCUCAAGAUGCAUUAUGCUCUGUAAAACAUGUCUGAAAUAAAACAAUACGUCUUAAUUCUGAA